AUGGUUGAGAACAUCAACACCAGUCUGACGUUUCUGGCAAGUCUCGGGGUCAGUGUAGACGGCGUCAGUGCCAAAGAUAUAAAAGACGGCAACCUCAAGUCAAUCCUUGGACUGUUCUUCAGUCUGUCCCGCUACAAGCAGCAACAGAAGUCGCUGCAGCAGCAGCACAAACAGCAACAUCAACAUCUCAACCAAGAGCAGCAGCAUCGGUUAUCAGAGGAACAUCAGCCGCGAGGUCAGGGGUCAACGUCUGUCCGGUGGGAGACAACAGCAUCAGCAACAACAGCUGCAGCGGUCACCAAGGGGUCAAGAAUUUACCUGGGGCGCUGGAGGACACAUCCAGGUAAGAGAAUAAACUUGACUGGCACUCAUGUAAUCAUUCAUACUUAUGUGUAUUGUCAAGUAAGAAACCCAUAG